AUGACAGCCACAGAGGUUUUAGCCAUGCUUAGAAUGCUUGACGAUGAGGAGUCUGAUGGAGGAGCAGGUAACGUUACGGAUAGGGACAGCGAUGUCUCUUGGUCCCUAGACAGUUCAUCCAGCGCUGAGAGUGAUUCAGAUAAUGAAUUCAUUCCCCGUCGAAAAAAGAGCCGGCUGGACAUCUCCGAUCCUGGAACUGACCUUGUUCCAUCGGAUAAUAUUCCAGUGCAAAAUCCUGAUCCUUCAAAUGUGCCUUCUGUGCCAAGACAACACAGUCCGCCACGAGAUGAGGAGCCUGGCCCAAUAAACCCCCUUUCAGCCGAAAGGCGUGAAACGGCGAAAGACGGCACAGUGUGGACCUAUGUAGAGUUGGGUGAAGACAGAGGAAGGCGACAAUGCCAAAAUGUAAUAACUGAAGCAGCAGGCCCCACAGCGCACGCCAAGCGCAAUAUUGAAGAUGCCCUUACAGCCUUUUUGUGUUUGGUGGAUGAUGGCAUGCUGAAACACAUCAGGGACUGCACCGUGGCUGAGGCCCAUCGAGUCAAGGAGGACAACCUAUGGGACAUGACAAUCGAAGAGCUAAAAGCCUUCAUUAGUUUAAUUUACAUUCGUGGCGCGCAAGGUGGAAAAGGGAUGGAUUUGGCGACCUUUUGGUCAGCCGAGUGGGGCUGCGCUUUUUUCAAGGAGACCAUGUCCCGAAACAGGUUUCAGGAAAUAAUGCGAUUCCUUCGUUUCGACAAAAGGGAAACCCGACGCACACGCUUGCGAGACAACAAGUUUGCCCUUAUGAGUGAUGUUUGGGAUAAAUUUGUCCAAAACUGCAUCGCCUGCUACAAGCCUGGUGCCGACAUCACUGUGGAUGAGCAGCUAUUCCCUACAAAAUCAAGGUGCAGUUUCAUACAGUAUAUUGCAAACAAACCGGACAAAUUCGGAAUCAAAUUCUGGCUUGCUGCGGAUGUCGACACCAAAUAUAUGGUAAACGGUGCGCCUUAUCUGGGCAAAGACGAGACGAGGAGGCCAGGUCAACGACUUGCAGACAGUGUGGUGCUGAAAAUGGUCGACCCAUACCUGGGGAAGGGAAGAAAUGUGACCACCGACAAUUUUUUUACUUCUUUUGAAUUGGCAAAGGCACUUCAGGCCAAGAAAACCAGCUUGGUUGGCACGGUAAACAAGAGCAGACGAGAGCUCCCCCCGUGCGUAAAGGCGCAAAAGCCGCUGUUCAGCACAGAGGUGCUGAAAAGUGGCGAUGCAACACUGACCGUGUAUCAGGGCAAAAAAAAAAAGAAUGUCUGCAUCCUCAGCACUGUCCACACAGCUGUUGGCAUCACAAGUGGCCAGAAAAGAAAGCCAGAGACGGUAACAUACUACAACAAGACCAAGGUAGGAGUAGACGUUCUAGAUCAAAUGGCUAGAAAAUAUUCAGUAAAAGCACCCUCCCGUAGAUGGCCAGUAGCUGUGUUCUAUAACAUCCUCGACCUGGCUGCAAUCAACGCACACAUAUUGUACAAUAAGUGCACAAAUGAGCAUGUUUCGCGGAGGGACUUCAUCACGCGACUGGCGAGCGAACUUCGUUCCGACCACAUGGGAUCAAAAACCUCACAACUUGUGGUGCGUGAGCCAGGACCCGGGCAGGAGCAGCAGCAGAUGGAGAGAAGGCGGCAGUGCCAAGUAAGGAGGAACUGCAAACAAAAUAAAACCAAGGAGACAUGUGCCAAAUGUCGUAAAGUGGUGUGUGGGAGCUGCACACGAAAGGCGGUGUUUACCUGUGUGGACUGUGCGUAA